CCGAGAGCUCGCUCGAAAGGACAGCGACGAAGACACGUUCUCCGGCACCUUAGUUGAACAGAUUUGUAUGGUAGAGUCCGCAUUUACAACGCCAUCAUCCUUAAGGAAGAAAGGAAGGAAGGAAUUGGCGCAUUUUGCAAUUUCUCUUUUGGUUCACUCGGAUAAAUUAGGUUGAGUUCCAGUCGUACCAGUCUCGCUGCAGUGUUUAUUGGUUGGAGAGAGUUCAGUGUGGAGUGUGGAGUGUGAGCGCAGAUGCGUGUGACGUGUGGCCGGGGCCGCUACUCGUGUGCUGCGUUUGAGUCUGAAAUUUGAUGUUGCAAUCCAAUGGAGUGCAGCUCGUGGUCGGUCACAACGUUGUUGUAGUUUCUGUGAUAACCUUAUAGAAAUUGGCCUCCACAUUUUGCACGAUUUUUAUAAAGUUUUGUAGGCUUUUUAGAAUUUUCCUUGUGAACGUCUUGUUUGUGAAAUUAGUUUCACUGUCCAGCUCGAACCCGGGUUGUGUUAGCCCUUUGAAUCGAUUUGACAAGGUUUGGUUGAUGUAUUUGGGAAUUGUGUAUUGCCUCCUGAAGUGAUAGGUUGUAAUCUUACUUUAGUGCCUUUGAACCCUUGAAUUCAGAAAUUGUGAGCGAAUCCCUGAUGGAGGUCUCUACCAUAGCUGUGAGUAGCUGUAGUUUUGGACCUCCUGUAUUUGGAUUAGCAGUAAGUGCCCCCCGGACUUGUUGUGGCCGAUCCCCUAGGUCUGUCUUGCGAAGAACUGCUGGAAACGCACUUGAACGACGUGCAAGGCCGGGUUGCAAAUCCUUCAACAAUACAGGUGGGAAAAUCAUGGUUGGUGCUGUGGCGGGGUCUCUCUUUGGUCAGCAAUUGGGCGUAAGGUUGGGGUCUGGUGCUCGUUGGACUGCAAGUACCUGGCUCGAUAAUUCUGCACGAGUGGAGGCAGAUGUACCGUUGUCUGAGGCAUGGGCUUUGUGGUCUGAUCAAGAAAACGUGGUGAAUUGGAUGCCAUGGAUUGCGGAGGUUAAGGUUCUGAAAGACCAACCGAACAUGUCAAAAUGGACCCUGCGUUACGAAGCAUUUGGUCAGAAUUUGGAGUUUUCCUGGUUAGCUCGCCUCCUCAAGCCAAUUCAAAAUCAAAAAAUCCACUGGCGCUCGGUGGAUGGACUUGCUAACAGGGGUGCCGUACGUUUCUAUCCAAGAGGACCAACGUCGUGUGGUGUUGAAUUGACAAUCUCUUAUGAGGUUCCAGAUGUUCUAGCACCUUUUGCAUCGGGUGUGAAGCCACUUGUGGAAAGUAUCUUGCAGGGCGAUUUGAACCGAUUUGCGGUGUAUGCGAAAAGUCAGAGUGCCAAGAAGAAUGCCACACCCAAGUAGUGACUUACCCAUUCAACUCAAAAAUGUCAACUGAUGGCUAAGUGUUUCUGAAGUGUUGUUGCAACACAUCGUUCAUUAUCCAAUUUGUCAAUAGCAGGUCAUCAAUUUGAAUUUAUAAUUAGGUGUAACAUCUACUUUUAGAUAUUCUCUAGAUCGUUGAGGCUUUUGUGGUUUUGCUACGAGAAUUUAUGCAAAGCUUGUUUUUAUUUUUAUCACAGAAUGCCCCAGAUCAGACCAAAUUUUAAGUGGAGGACAAGAUUGUAGUUUGCUUAUGACUCUAUCAUUCAUCAACUCCUGUACGCUAUUCAUCUAUUUCGCUCAAUGUUUCAAUUAUGAAAGAGUUGGAAUA